CGCGAUGAUCUCAUUUCGCAAUCGCAAGACCACACUUCGAACGAUUCUCGAAAAUUAAUAUAAAUAAGAAGGAAUCCUGCAAUGAACAUUCAUUCUACACUAACCACACUUCAAUCGAGGACCAAUGAUGUAUCCCAGUUACUUCACGAUGAAUUUGCUACGGUAUUUUUUGGCCAGCUGGUUGAUUUUUAUGCUCGUCGAAGAAGCUGUCUCAUUAGAGGAAGCUGUGUUGCACCGAGUAGGGUAUACAUCCCCUUUAGCAGUGAUAAAAAAACAAGACUCAUCUCUACAACUUGCCAUACCUCACACAUACACAUCAAACAAACAUCUUUGUAGUUAUAAUUACGAUGAUUCUGAAGACAAAAAUGGCCCAAAAGAAAAACUGAUGAUUGCGUGCCCCGCACAUGGUGAAAAACAAUUACAAGUGGAAAAGAAUUGGAAAACCGGUGCUUUGGCGACCACCGAUGAAACUAAACUACUCUUUCUGUCCGAGUACAAAAGCCUUCAAAAAGAUGCAUUCUGCAGUUCGACAGAUUUCACACCCUCGAUUAAUAAAGUUGAAGAAAAUAGUGACGACCAGUACGACCACGUAAAACAUUGCAACCAAUUGCACGCAGACAUGUAUGAAGUCGGAUAUUCGGUAUCAAACGAUGAGGAAGGAAAAGAUAUUCAGUUUUUAUCCACAUAUAAAAUAUGCUAUUCAAAGACCGAAGGUAAAGAAGCUACACUAUACUCAAUUCACCGUAUCGAAUCACCAGAUCUGCUGUUUACGGAUGUAAUAAGAGAACUUACUGAUUAUCAACCAUUAUGGCCCAUCGUCCAUAAAUCAGUUUUGGAUUCCAGUUUAAGCACUAAAAAGUCGUUUGAAGGCAAGGCUUACUUUAAAUACAAGUUUGUUGGAGGUGACGAUAUGCCAAGCAGGCAAUGGAGACAGACGACUUUGCUUCUUUUCAAUAAUACUGCCAUCACUAGAAAUGAAGAUUUAUUCAAGGGCAUGAUAAGAGCUGAUUGGUACAUCAGACUAUACAGUUAUAAAAGAAACGAACAGUUGAAUUUGUACUCGGGUACGCAUCAAAAAGUGAUACAAGAUACUCCACCUGUUGAUUCAUUUUGGAGGGUUAUUUUGGAUGAUGGCGGUCGUGCCAUUAUUUUAGUAACCCAACAUACUCGAAAGGAAUGCGGCCAAGAUUAUUUAUGCGGAAAAAAUCAUCAAGUAAAAACAUACAAGGAAGGGGGCUGCAUAUAUACCUGUUCCCUGGACACGAAUGAUAAUCUACUCGAAGUGCUGGGUUUGCCACCGUUGAAGAUUACUGGAGAAUUGGAUUUCACACUUCAAACAGAACUCUUUCAAAGGACUGGUAUUAUCGAAUUCUUGGACAAUAAAAGUUUUGAGGAUGCCCUGUUAAACAUUGAUAAGGAUAUUUUUAGAAAUGCGGAUUUUCAAGAUGCGUCUUUUCAAAAUGCGGCGUUAUUCUCAAGGUAUGCUAUACAUACAGAAUUACAGAAAAAUUAAUUUGAUGUUAUCAUUGAUUUUUUACAUAAUAUACCUAAAAAAUCAAUGGAUGUUGUUAAUAUUUUAAAUACUUUUAAGUAAUUCGUAAGCUGUUAGAUUCACUUUUCAUUUUCAUUUUCAAUCAAUAUUACAAAUCUGUAUCAUAGUAUACAUAUUAUAAGAGAUUAUGAAAUUUGUAUCUAUACUUACCUUCAAGGAAACGUGCGGAAGUGUCCGCCACCGAUUUAAACAGGACUGCGUUUACAUACUACGAUUUUUGGAAAGAGCAUGCUCUGAAACCCCCAUAACCAAAAUUUCAGUUGCCCAAAUCGGUUUUUUAGUUUGUGGUGAAAUUUUAAGAAUUCAAAGUUGACCAUUUUUGGUGAUUUGUACAGCUUUAGAAAAAUAAAAUGAAUAAUAAUGCAUGCUCAUGCAGUAAAAAUGAUGAAAAUUAGUCCUGUAACUAAUAUCACGGAGCAAUUAGAAUUUCAUUGCGAGAAAUUUUCCGAGGAAAUUUUAAGGAUACAAUUUAUUAUAACUUUUAAAAGGGGAGCUAGCACGCAAUUUAUUCGCGACAAGAAUUUUGACGAAAAAAUAGAACUUUUUGUUAACUUGCCAAAAAUGAAUAAAUGGGAAUUUUUUGAUAAUUUCAGCAAAAACGGGAUUUUUUUUAGCAAUCUUGGCAAAAAAACAGGAACCGUUUAACAAUUUUCACAGAAAUUUGCCUUUUUUGACAAUUUUACCUGAAAUUGACCUUUUUUUGAAAAUUUUGUCAAAAAUGGCCACUUUUCAACUAUUAUACCAAAAAAAGACACUUCUCGACUAUUUUUCCAAAAAUUGAAGCUUUUUGUUUCCCCUCCCCAAUAAUUGACACAUUUUGACAACUUUUCCAAAAAUGCAAAAAAAAAAAAAACAGAACCUCAUAAACAAAAUUGGCAAAAAAAAAAUGGACUGUUGUUUGGUCAUUUUUCAACAAAAAGAGGACUUCUUAAACGCGACGCGAAAAUCAUUUUUUCGGAUGUCUGGGGUGAGGGGGAGGGGGUACCAAAAAUUAUGGACUUACCUACUACUUUUGAGAAUUGACAAGCCCUUAAAAAAGAAGUGACCGAAAAAGUCCUUCUCAUCUCACAGAGAAAUUUGCAGUGCCAACUACUUCCUUCAUCAAUGAAAAAGAUCGUGCUAACACUUUUUCACUGAAGAGUUUUGUCUUACCUCUCCCCCCUUCCCGCCACACAUUAUUUUUUAUCUGGUUGUUUUAAUUUUCCUUACUUUUUGAAAUAUUGUUGCAAUAGCCAAAUAGGCCAACUCAAAUUAUUGUACAAAAAUAUGAUGACAUAAAGCCCGAGCGAAGAGAAAGGGUGUUGAAAACUUCCAAAGUUCUUUUCGAAGGUGUUUUUCUGAAACUCAUUCACACUGUGCCUACUCAACAAAGCGACCACUUGAAAGGUCCAUCUACGACUUGAAGAGAGACAAAUUUCUGGAGAAGAGCAGGAUAUAGAAUGAUGUGAAAUCCUCAAACCAAAAUUUCAGCUGUCCAAAUCAAUUUUUCGAUUUUGGGUGAAUUUUUAACAAAUCCAAAAUUGGCCAUUUUCGGUGAUCCAAGAAUGCUUUUGAAAAAAUCUACCUGAUUUAUUUAUUUUUUAAAAUGAUGCAUGAAAAUUAGUUCUGAAGGUAGAUAACAUCAACUCCUCAAACCACCAAAUUUCACUAUUUUUUAGACAAUACAAGAGACUCUAGAGCGAUUUUAGAUUUUCCUGUUAGAAGGUUUUAGAAAUUAAUUUGGGGCAUGCAGCUGAAUAUUGAGGAUUAUUCUCGACCUCGAAUUGAUCCACAUUAAAGUCAAUUUCCAAGCGCUGGAGGCUCUACUAGAAUGGGUUGAAAUGGUGAAAAUUCCUAUACGAGGGUUGGUUUUUAAGUAUAUUCGCGCCAAUUUCAUAAAAUAUUCAUUUAUGAACAGAAAAUUUUCAAUUUUUUGAAUUUAAAUUGGUAAAAAAAACUCAGUGUCCACCUGGAAAAAAGGACUCAAAUAAAGGAUAAACUACAAUUCGAUUUUUAGUUGAGCAAAUCAAUUUUCAUAACUUUUAAAGAGAUUUGAAACUCCUGGACGGUUUGAAAAUUGCGCGGGAGACUCCGGUAGGUUUGUAAUGGUGAAUUUUGGUUCAAAACAGUUGCGAUGUUAGUCUUAAGGCUGAUUUUUAUUUGAUAAAAAACAAACAAACAAAUCACCGAAAAUGAUCAAAUUUUAAUUUUCAAAAAUUCACCGAAAAUCGAAAAAUUAAUUUAGAUAGGUAUAAUAGCUGGAAUUGUGGCCCUAUAUAUUGCCUAAUUUUUUUUCCUAAAAUGGUAUUGUUCUUUGGACUUUCUAGAGCACAUCUAAAAAAAAAACGCGAAAUUUUAAUCGGCAUUAUCAGUGAAAAAUGAAGAAAAUUGAGGAAAAAAACACAUUUCAGUCCUCUCUCCACGAAAUACUUGCCUUAGAGGUCCAAAAUUUUCAUCUAAAUUUUUUCCCAUUAUGGUUGACCUUUUGGGACAGGAUCGGUUGAAAUCUGUUUCAAGGGACGGAUCACCAUACUUGACCGGAUAUGCCCAAAUCCAAAAUUUUAAUGACCUUCCUCAAAUACUCGUGGAUAUGUUUUCAAGUUAUGAAUCAAUGUGUUGGCUUCUUGAAGGAGAUGGAAAGGAUGUUGGGAAAAAUGAAGCCCGUUUUCGCACUCAGCAUCCCAAAAACCUGCCAAACGGUAUGUCACAUGAACAAUUGGACUGUGGGCUUCUUUUCCCAAAUUUGGGCCCUUUUUCUCCGAUUUGCCACCUGGACCCUAAACCUUGAAUCCGCCACUGACGUCUGUGACCCCAUGAAGAAUUUGACAAAUUGGUCAUUUCGUAUUUCGAAAAUCAACUGACCCUCUCCCCUAUCACGCGUUUUUACUGAAGGGAUUGGGCACGAAUUAACGGUGAUUUAUUCAACUACCAGGUGGGCAGAUGGAAUACAAAAAAUUCAUCAGACUGGACAUUUUUGAUUUUUUUUUAACAAAAUAAAUUUUCAAAAUGGCCUUUCAACAACCCCAGAGAGUCACAAUGACCCCCCCCCCAAUUCUAAUCAAAAUUACAGAAAAUGUAGUCAAGUAGCAUAUCGAUUGGUAGUGAUUUACAAUAGAAAAGUUCGAAUUUUGACGUAUUUUUUCGAUCUGAACCUUCAAACUCCCUCUCCCUUCUCCAUAUAGAGGCAUCGAGCAAGGUCAAAAUACGAAAAAAUUAAAAAUAACCUGUGACACCUAAUUUUAAAGGUUUUCGAGGUCGCUGAAUUCAAAUACCUAUUCACUUGAUUUUUUGGAUUGCCGAUUGGACCCCUCGAAUAAUUAUGAAAAUAUGGUGUGACAUGUGGAUUUCUACUAAUUCGAGAUCGCUGAGAUCGAAUAUUCCAUUAUUUUUCAGAAUUAGCCCUUCCGAGUACUCGAAAUCGCAAACUUUUUAAAUUACUCAAUAAGGUAAUGUUUCCAAAUUGGCGGUAAUUUAAUUUCCUUCAUUUUUUUUUUAGACUUUUAGGGAAGAUAGGAUGGAUAAGGGAAGAGGGAUAAAAUGACACAGCAAUUUGUUCCAAAAUUUUCUCUAUUUUUUUACGAUAAGGAAGGAGGACUCCUUUAACUUCAGUUUGCCUCAUUUUUACAAUUUUGAACCACGAAUUGAAAUGUGAUUUCUCAAUUUUGAUCUUAUCACGCAGCUCUAGGAAUCACAUUCCAAAGCUUUAACAAGCAAGAUUGCUCUACAAUUUUUCUAAAAACCUGUCGAAUACAACCUGCAAUACAUCUUGCACGAUAUUAUGUAUCUAAUCCACCUACGUCGCGUCAUUCAUGCGAAACACAUGUCAGCGACAAGAUUUUCGCGAGAUUCGAGCUUUUCAGGUGUUACUCGUAGCAAUUUGUUUACUUAUUCUGUAUAACCUAAAACCUUAUUCAUCUAAGAAAAUAUUACGAAUAAUGUUUUCGCGAUGAUUUCAUUUCGCGCAAAACCACUUUCCGAACGAGAACGCACGAUUCUCAAAAAUUAAUAUAAAAUAAUAAGGAAUCCUGCAAUGAACAUUCAUUUUACACCAAACACACUUCAAUCGAGGAUCAAUGAUGUAUCUCUGUUACUUCACGAUGAAUUUGCUUCGGUGUUUUUUUGCCAGCUGGUUGAUUUUGAUGCUCGUCGAAACUGUUUCAUCAAAAGAAGCUGUAUUGCGUCGAUUAGCGUAUACAGGCCCACUAGCUGUGAUAAAAAAACAGGACUCAUCUCUACAACUUGCGAUACCUCACGCACACGAAUCAGAAAGCUAUCUUUCUAGUUAUAAUUACGAUGAUUCUGAA